AUGAGGUUGCUGGACGUCCAAAUCUCGACGAAACGUCAAUUUGGAUCGUUCCCGCAGGCGUGGGAACCCAAGAUUGAGGGCCGAUGGUUAUCAGACAGGUCCGAGUACCACAGCACCACCAUCGACGCGGUUCACCACCACACAAACCCCAAUUUCUCCAACUCGCUUGUCGUCCCUUGCGUCUUGCCUCUUGCGUCUUGCCCUCUUGACUACUUUCGCUUCGGCUUUCGAUCCGCCAACUUCGCAUCCCGUGACUGGUUACCUCUGUCUUUAACCUACACUUUCCGACAGCGUUAUCUCGGGCAACGAAGCCGCCUUUCCAAUCGAGAGUUUGCUGGAUUGCAACUUGACCGGAACGAUUUAAAGAGCUUCCCGACCCCUCAUGGCACCCUCUUCAACGGUCCCCACAUCCAUCACGCCCCCAUGACCAACGCGCUCUUCCCUUCGUGGCUAAUAUGGAGCGUCGCCUCCGAGAUGACUUACACUCCGUUACAUCCAAUACGCAGUUUGCCCACACCUUGGCUGGCGGACUUUUACUCCUUGACGCCAUGGAAUAUCGAUGGUGGCCGUAGUUUGCUGCAACCGCAAGCAAUUCAUGGCUCCAUGCCCAGCCUUAGGGACCUGGUCCAGCAUGCCGUCAACCAGGCGAUUCCAUGGUUCAAGACCUGUCCUUCGGAUGUCUCUUCCAUAUCCCCAUAUACCCAUGGUAACGAUGGCUCCCUCGGCUUGGUCUGCUCUCUUGACGCUUUUCUCAAUGGAGUAAUCAAACUCAAGAUGCCGCUGCUUCACUCCGCGAUCGCCCAGCACACAUCCAUCCCGCCGUUCCGAAAGGCCAAGCGGUGUGUUCAAGAGAUCCGAGUCCUCAACUCAGGUUGGCAACAUGAUAAAAGGACCAUGUCCCAGGUCGUUCAUCAUCAGCUCCAGACUUGCAACCCACGGACAUCAUCCUCUCCAGAGUCAAGUCAAUAUCCCACAACAGAAGCAACCAUGGCUGCUCGUGCGUUCCUCACUGCUGCCCUCUUGGGCACUGCAGCUCUGGCCGUUCCCAUCGAGGAGAGGCAAUCUUGCGGAGCCGUCUGGGCACAAUGCGGCGGCCAAGGCUUCACCGGCCCAACGUGCUGUGCUUCUGGCAGCACUUGCGUCGUCAACAACGCUUAUUACAGCCAGUGCUUGCCCGGCAGCGCCUCGUCCGCCAGCUCUGCUGCCGCUUCAUCGACUGUUCGCUCUAGCUCUUCCGCAGUCGUUAGCCCUUCGCGAACCUCGACAACCGCCGGGGCCGGUACCACUACCACGCAGGCCGGAACUGCCACCACUAGCGCUCCCGCGGUCACCGGUGGUGCGACCUACACGGGCAACCCCUUUGCCGGAGUCAACCUCUGGGCCAACUCAUACUAUGCCUCCGAGAUUACGACUUUGGCUAUCCCGUCACUGAGCCCUGCUUUGCAGACGGCGGCUGCCGCCGUUGCCAAGGUCCCUACCUUCAUGUGGAUGGACACUCGUGCCAAGAUUCCCUUGGUUGACUCCACGCUGGCCGAUAUUCGCAAGGCCAACGCCGCUGGCGGCAACUACGCCGGCCAGUUCGUCGUCUACGAUCUUCCCGACCGCGACUGCGCUGCUGCCGCCUCCAACGGCGAAUACGCCAUCGCUGACGGUGGUGUUGCCAAGUACAAGGAGUACAUCGACGCCAUACGCACUAUGAUUCUCAAGUACUCUGACAUUCGCAUUCUCCUGGUGAUCGAGCCUGAUUCCCUGGCAAACUUGGUCACCAACCUCAACGUUGCCAAGUGCUCCGGUGCCCAGGCCGCUUACCUCGAGUGCACCAACUAUGCUGUCACUCAGCUCAACCUGCCCAAUGUCGCCAUGUACCUUGAUGGCGGCCACGCGGGUUGGUUAGGAUGGGCUGCAAACUUGGGACCCGCCGCGAACAUGUACGCAAAGGUCUACAAAGAUGCCGGCAGCCCCAAGGCUCUCCGUGGAAUCGUGACCAACGUGGCCAACUACAACGCAUGGAGCGUUAGCUCCCCGCCUUCCUACACCUCAGGCAACUCCAACUAUGACGAGAAGCACUACGUCGAGGCACUCCAGCCCCUUCUCGCUGCUCAGGGAUGGGACGCUCACUUCAUCGUUGACCAAGGCCGCUCUGGUAAGCAGCCCACUGGCCAGUUGGCUUGGGGUGACUGGUGCAAUGCCAUCGGCACCGGUUUUGGUCUCCGUCCCUCCACCAACACAGGCUCAUCUCUUGUUGAUUCUUUUGUCUGGGUGAAGCCUGGUGGUGAGAGUGACGGCACUUCCCUCACUACCGCCACUCGCUACGACUACAACUGCGGCAAGGAGGACGCUCUGAAGCCCGCUCCUGAGGCCGGAACUUGGUUCCAGGCCUACUUCGAGCAGCUCCUCAGAGGAAAGCAUCGGAGCGCCGUGCCGGUGUCUUUUGGUCCGUCUAGGUCCCGAGAUCUAGGACUGAACCCUGGGUACCUGAACUGGUACAAACUCGCCCUUCUCUUGGCCCUCCUCUUUCCACUUACACUUAUUUGGAUGUUUUAUCGCAUUCCUUGGCCUCUCAAGGCCCUCCGCAAGCGACACAAGGAGAAGAAAUCUGCAACGAAGGGAAGCAUACCGGUAGCCCUCCCAUCGGGUUCCGAUGCAGAAGCCAAGACACAGGGGUUGUUCGCCGAACAGGAUACGAUUCUUGGCGGCCAAGAAGCCCAGCAACCCAGAGAUACUAGCCUCCCAGAAGCGAGCAGCACAAACGAAGCCGAUAAUUCGGCCCCAUCUUCCGGGGUCGCUAAGCACUCGGUACGGUCUAAAAUCCUAAUGACAAUCAAGACAAAGUUGAAAGGAAACGGGAAGAGCAGUGGAGUGCCCUUGGAUCCUCGAUCCCCUCCCUUUCAACCCUUUACCUCUAGCGCAGGCAUGAGGCCUUCAUGGCUAGAUCCAGGAGAGGAUACAAAGUUGGCAGAUAGUAACCCUUACUCUGCCCAUCUACCGGUCAUGACAGUAGAUGGGACCGCCGUCUCAGGCUCUUCAACGCGACAAAGGUGGCAAGCCCCACACUUCCAUAUAAAUAACGAAUUGCCAACUCAAUGGGUGACACCUCGACCUUUCGAUCCUACUGCUGUCCAGCCAUAUCGGCCCACGCCAGAGGGCUCCGCGGAGGCGUUUGCUUACAACCACGGCACCGCCCCGGACAGGCUUCGAAAGCCAUUAUCAACACCCCUAUUCUCGCCCUGCGUACCCCCAUCUUUGCUCAGACCUUCCGACAACAACCAGCCAAACGUCUCGAUAAUCCAGGAAUUCUCGUCUCCUAAUCCGUCAUGCCAGGAAGAAGAAGAAGUGCUUCGACGCUUCAUUAGGUUUGCAACGGGCCGUAGGUGUCCAAGAUGCAAGCGUGGCGUCGCAAUUGAGAGCAGCACCAUCUUCCAACACGCCAGUGUCAUUCUUCUAGGUAGAGAGACUAUCGAACUGGGCAGCCAUUAUGUUAGAUGCUCUUGCGGGAUCUCAUACUGUUUCGGCUGCUCCCGAAUCGGAGAUAAUUUAAGGACGCCAUUCGCCAGUUCCAAGUCGACCAAAUGGUGCUGCCCCCCUGGUCGACUUUUCCACCUCUUUGCUCUCCUGUGCGGCCCGACCGCCCACGCUGCAAACCCGCGGGUCUCUAUCUUUCAAGACUCCCAAGUGGACUCGAUCGAGAAGCCCCCCAAGACCGAGAAAAAGUCCGGGUCGAGAUUCAAGAGCUACUUCAAGACCAGCGAUGACCAAGGCACAUCCAAAGGAACGGGCUACGCAACGGGUAAGCUCGACAGAAAGAAAGAGAAGCCCAAUGAACUCGCCUGUAUUCGCCGCGAAGACCUUGAGAACAGCAUGGUUCGGUUACCCAGGCUUUUCGCCGCGCUUUCGAUAGCAUGGCCUUCAACUUCCAACUACACUCAGUUUGAUCGAAAUCCUCCACCGUUGUUAAUGGUCAUGGCUCGCCGAAGCCCGCUGAUGAUCAGGAUGGCAGAGCUUCUUCGGAAUGAUAACAUGCAAGAGAUUAUGCGGCAACGAGUUCCAUACCAAGCCCUCUUCGAUUUCCUUCACGUGCUCUCAGCACACCCUGCUACAACCCCGCUAGUCUGUGAUGUUCGAAUCAGCUAUCCUCUCGCCCGCACUCUACUCCCGGUCUGCUUCGGAUAUGGCCCUCUUCCAGUUUUAGACAGGUCGUCUAGCUCCAGUGACGAUGAAAAGGGGAAGGGGAAAGCGGUGGAGCUUGAAGAGAAGCAGGACCAGCCUCAAGAAACGCUCAAGUCGUUAGUGAGUCUACUUUCUGCCUUGAGAGUCCAGGCGGAAUCGGUGAAGCGACUCUACAAACCCAGCCCCGGGGGUCUCUCCCAGACGAUAGUCAUGUGCGACCGUAUUUGCGAGAUCUCCCAACAACUCGAAGGAGAAACCCUCAAGAAAGACAAGAGGGAAGUGACUAUUGACGAAGGAAGCAACCCUCCCUCUCUGACUUACUCACAAUCGACCGUUUCGUCAGUGGCAGAAUCACCCACCAUUCCCGAUGACAAGGAGGAGAGACUCACAGCCGCCCGGCAAUGGCUCAUCGAGAACAAGGUGCGGGAGAUGGAUUCCGAAAGAUGGCAAAGUGACUUCAAGAUUCCCAUCCCAGACUCGGAGGCCACCGCCCCCCGCCGUAUGAAGAAGCUCGUGAUGGAGCUCUCCAUGCUGCGUACCACGCUCCCCGACGGCAUCUUUGUUCGCCACGACGACACGCGGUUGGACGCCAUGAAGGUCCUCAUCGUCGGACCGGAAGGUACGCCGUAUGAGAAUGGGCUCUUCGAGUUUGAUCUGUUCUGCCCUCUCGAUUACCCAGAGAGGCCACCUAAGAUGGUCUUCAGAACAACGUACAGCCGUCGAAAGUUCAACCCGAACCUAUAUUCAAAUGGCCAAGUCUGCUUCUCCCUCCUCGGCACCUGGACAGGCAGCGCCGCCGAGAAUUGGGACCCCAAGAAGUCCACCCUCCUCCAGCUCCUCGUCUCCAUCCAUGCCAUGAUCUUCAGCCCGGACCCGGUCUGGAACGAACCCAACCAGGCCUUUUCCCCGGCAGCCUCGCUGGUUUACAAGACGGAGAUGCGCGCCGACACCCUCAUCUACGCCAUGAGCCACUGGCUCCAUCUGCGCAAGAACGCCCACCCGGCCGCCGAGGAUAACCCGUGGUUCGAGGUCGUGGCCCGCCACUUUGAGGUAAAUUGGCGACGGAUCCUCGAGACGGCCGAGAUCUGGGCCGCGGAGGACCCGGGAAGCCAGCGCAAGGCCGAGAAUGAGGUGGGCAUGAUCAUGAGGGAGAGACGCUCCAAAGAGAGGUUUCCCUGCGGGAUCCGGACGCUAAAGGGGCACUUUGCCGAGUGGGCUACUUCCGAGGAGGAGCUGGCGCUCGUGAGGCUUGGUCCCGAGGAUGAUGGCCCGAUCUAUACACCUGUAGGAAUGCCCUUGGAAAAUAGGCUUGAUCUAGACUUUGACAUGUCUCCGCCCAUGUCUCCGCCCAUGUCUCCGCCCAUGUCUCCGCCCAUGUCUGACGCCGACAGCGAAGACGAGUCCGAUGGAGAGUUUAAUCUACCACCAGCGAACAGCACGCCCAAUGUACCGCCACCCGUAUCUCACCCUCAACCGGAGUUUCACCCUUUCCUACCUUAUAUUCCAUAA